UCCACCAAGACACACAUCUGUGCCUCCACCACCACACGGCGGCAGAUUCUCGUCUUCGUUUAUGAACAGCAGACAGGCAUAAGUAUAAAUUCUCGGUUCCUGUGGCCGCUGUGCGCGACACGGUAAUGUGUUUUGUAAUAUUUUCAGGUCAGGGCUGCAUUCAAGGUGGCCUCUCUGCGUUCCCCUCUCACCCCAUAGCCGGCGGAUGGAUGCCCACACCUCUUUCUCCCAGCAAAGGUGGGUCGAGCUAACGGGAGCCCGUGGCUGGCGACCGCAAGGCCUCCGUGCAGGGCUCUAGGGAAGGGGAGUCCUCGCAGCCAACGGCUCCGCGAGGCGCAGGCCGGGUGGUUCCACUGCAGAAGGACAAUAGCUCAUCAAGCCCCACGAAAGCCCCCGGACCCGUCGCGGAGCCUGGGCUGGCGGGGGAUGAGGCUGAGCGACUCCUCCUAGAGGUGGUUAUGUGGAGAAGGAGCAAUCCCUUCUCCCUCCUCCUCCUCCCCCCGCUACUAUCCGCGGCCCGGAGAACUGCCGCUUGCCGCCAUUGACACGCACAGAUACAACCCCAAGAAAGGCAGCGUCCUGUCCGGCACCGGCGGCACGCGGGCCGGACCUGCGGCCGGGAUUGGCGCGCACUAGGCCACCGGGCGCCCGGAGCCCGCGGCGCAGCACCAGUGUUGCUUAAGUGCCAGGAGGCCAUUCUGUCAGCAAGCUGAGAGGAAAACUGAGGCAAGAUGUCAGGCCGGAGUGGGAAGAAGAAAAUGUCCAAGCUGUCCCGGUCAGCCAGGGCUGGUGUCAUCUUUCCAGUAGGGCGGUUGAUGCGGUACCUGAAGAAAGGGACAUUCAAGUACAGGAUCAGCGUUGGAGCGCCCGUGUACAUGGCUGCUGUCAUUGAGUACCUGGCAGCGGAAAUCCUAGAGUUGGCUGGGAAUGCUGCAAGGGACAACAAGAAGGCCCGGAUAGCCCCCAGGCACAUCCUGCUGGCCGUGGCCAACGAUGAGGAGCUCAACCAGCUGCUGAAAGGAGUGACCAUCGCCAGUGGGGGUGUCCUGCCUAGAAUUCACCCUGAACUGCUGGCCAAAAAGCGAGGGACCAAAGGCAAGUCAGAAACGAUCCUCUCCCCGCCCCCAGAGAAAAGAGGAAGGAAGGCGGCAUCAGGCAAGAAGGGGGGCAAGAAAUCCAAGGCCACCAAGCCACGGUCGUCCAAGAAGUCCAAACCAAAGGACAGCGAUAAAGAAGGAACAUCCAAUUCCACCUCUGAAGAUGGCCCGGGGGAUGGCUUCACCAUCCUGUCUUCGAAGAGCCUCGUUCUGGGGCAGAAGCUAUCCCUGACCCAAAGUGACAUCAGCCAUAUUGGCUCCAUGAGGGUGGAGGGCAUUGUCCACCCAACCACAGCCGAAAUAGACCUCAAGGAAGAGAUAGGUAAAGCCUUGGAAAAGGCUGGGGGUAAAGAGUUCUUGGAGACAGUAAAGGAGCUUCGCAAAUCCCAAGGCCCUUUGGAAGUUGCUGAAGCUGCCGUCAGCCAAUCCAGUGGACUCGCUGCCAAGUUUGUCAUCCAUUGUCACAUCCCCCAGUGGGGCUCCGACAAAUGUGAAGAACAGCUGGAAGAGACCAUCAAAAACUGCCUGUCUGCAGCUGAGGACAAGAAGCUUAAGUCCGUCGCCUUCCCGCCUUUCCCCAGCGGCAGGAACUGCUUUCCCAAACAGACGGCCGCCCAGGUGACCCUCAAGGCCAUCUCGGCCCACUUCGACGACUCGAGCGCAUCCUCUCUGAAGAAUGUGUACUUCCUGCUCUUUGACAGCGAGAGCAUCGGCAUCUAUGUGCAGGAGAUGGCCAAACUGGACACCAAGUAGCUCUCUGGCGGGGACAGAGGAGGACCAAUGUCACGUCACAAGAGCAGGGGGGUUAUUUUUCAAAGGAUUGAGGAAGGGUGACAUGACAGGGGAGCAGAGGGCGGCUGAGAGGGUGUCUGAGCAGCGGAACAGGUCCUGUCUGCCUGGGGAAGAGGCCCAGUGCAUUUUAUAUUCUCUUUACAAAGGGCCACUUCCGCACUUAGCCAGGUCUCCACCAGGGGUUUCUUUCCAUGUGUUUUCUUCCUGUUGUUUUAGAACUUUUUUUAAAAAAACAAACAAACAUAAAAAUAGACCUUGUUUAGAUUUAUAGCAUUGACUUUUAUUCUCUCUCUCUCUCUCUCUCUUUACACACACACACACACACACACACACACACAUACACAUACACACAUACACACACAAAUCCUUUCAAAGUUCUUAAGGCUUUGGUUCCUCCUUUUUCCAAGUGAAGAGGAUGUGACAGCCAAACUUGGGUAUACUGGCUGUCCCCCUCAGUGGAGAGAAGAUGGGAAAGACAUCUUGGGGUGCUUUUCUGUUCUAGGGUCCUGUCUCUGACCUCUAAAAUAUUUGUAAUUACACCUAAAAGGGUUUUGCUUUGGGAUUUAUU